CAGACGGCCGCCGGGUCCCCUGGGCUGGGCGCUGCCGGCGGAGCCGACGGGGCGGAGAGGAGCGCGGCGGGGGGAGGAGUGGGAGGAGGGGGCCGGUCAAGGGAAGUGCGACGUGUCUGCGGAGCCCUUUUAUACCUCCUUCCCGGGAGCCGGGCCCCAGCCGCCGCCGCCGCGCUCGGAGCGUCCCCGCGCCUCCGCUCCCGGAGCCGCGCAGCGCCCAGCCCGCCAGCAUGUCGGGGGUCAAGAAGCAGAAGACGGAGAGCCAGCAGAAGUCCACCAACGUCGUCUAUCAGGCCCACCACGUGAGCCGGAACAAGAGAGGCCAGGUGGUUGGGACACGGGGCGGAUUCCGAGGAUGCACCGUGUGGCUGACGGGUCUCUCCGGUGCUGGAAAAACGACAAUAAGUUUUGCUCUGGAAGAGUACCUUGUGUCCCACGGCAUCCCGUGCUACUCCCUCGAUGGGGACAAUGUCCGUCACGGCCUGAACAAAAACCUCGGAUUCUCUCCCGGGGACAGAGAGGAAAAUAUCCGCCGAAUCGCCGAGGUGGCCAAGCUGUUCGCUGACGCUGGUCUGGUCUGUAUUACCAGCUUCAUUUCUCCGUUCACGAAGGACCGUGAGAACGCCCGCAAGAUCCACGAAUCGGCAGGACUGCCGUUCUUUGAAAUAUUUGUUGACGCGCCUCUAAACAUCUGCGAAAGUAGAGAUGUCAAAGGUCUCUAUAAGCGGGCCCGAGCUGGCGAGAUCAAAGGGUUCACAGGUAUUGAUUCCGAUUACGAGAAACCCGAAACUCCCGAGCUUGUGCUGAAAACCAACUUGUCUCCAGUGAGUGACUGUGUCCAGCAGGUGGUGGAGCUCCUGCAGGAGCAGAACAUCGUACCCCACACUAUAAUGAAAGGCAUCCACGAACUCUUUGUGCCAGAGAACAAACUUGACCAAGUCCGAGCUGAGGCCGAAGCUCUCCCUUCGUUAGCAAUUACCAAGCUGGAUCUGCAGUGGGUCCAAGUUUUGAGCGAAGGCUGGGCCACUCCCCUCAAAGGGUUCAUGCGAGAGAAGGAAUACCUACAGGCUGUUCACUUUGACACCCUGCUGGAUGGUACGGGCUCUCCAGAUGGAGUGAUCAGCAUGAGCAUCCCCAUCGUGCUGCCUGUCUCUGCGGAUGACAAGACGCGGCUGGAGGGACGCAGUGAGUUUGUCCUGACCUACGAUGGACGGAGAGUGGCCAUCUUACGAGACCCCGAAUUCUACGAACACAGAAAGGAGGAGCGUUGUUCCCGUGUGUGGGGGACGGCGUGUGCAAAGCACCCCCACAUCAAAAUGGUGAUGGAGAGCGGGGAUUGGCUGGUUGGUGGAGACCUGCAGGUGCUGGAGAGAAUCAGGUGGAACGAUGGGCUGGACCAGUACCGCCUGACACCUCUGGAGCUCAAGCAGAAAUGUAAAGAAAUGAAUGCUGAUGCGGUGUUUGCCUUCCAGCUGCGCAACCCCGUCCACAAUGGCCACGCUCUGCUGAUGCAGGACACCCGCCGCCGACUCCUGGAGCGGGGUUACAAGCACCCCGUGCUCCUGCUGCACCCUCUGGGUGGCUGGACCAAGGACGAUGAUGUGCCCUUGGACUGGCGGAUGAAGCAGCAUGCAGCUGUGCUCGAGGAAGGUGUCCUGGACCCCAAGUCAACCAUCGUGGCCAUCUUCCCGUCCCCGAUGUUGUAUGCCGGCCCCACGGAGGUCCAGUGGCACUGUAGGUCCCGGAUGAUUGCAGGGGCCAACUUCUACAUCGUGGGCCGGGACCCUGCCGGAAUGCCUCACCCCGAGACCAAGAAAGACCUGUAUGAACCCACUCAUGGGGGCAAGGUCUUGAGCAUGGCCCCUGGCCUGACCUCUGUGGAAAUCAUUCCAUUCCGAGUGGCUGCCUACAACAAAGCCAAAAAAGCCAUGGACUUCUACGAUCCAGCAAGGCACAACGAAUUCGACUUCAUCUCAGGGACCCGGAUGAGGAAGCUGGCCCGGGAAGGAGAGAAUCCCCCGGAUGGCUUCAUGGCCCCCAAAGCAUGGAAAGUCCUGACGGAUUAUUACCGGUCCCUGGAGAAGAACAACUAAAUUGCCCUCCAGUUCCAGAAGUUUCUUCUUGAAGUGCUCUUGGAUUCCCUUUUCUAUUUUUGUGAUUAGAUGCUUGGCAUAUGAUUGCUUCUCAGUGACUGAUUUUUCGUGUUUUAUGACAAGGUUAAAAAUUGUGUCUAUAAUUUAAAGUCAACUUCAAUAAUAUAUAAAAGAAAGUCACACUGAAGACCACAUCUUAGCAGUGACAGCAAUGCUGUUAUGAUUUCAGAAUGAAAUUAGUUGUAUUCUCUUCUGCAUCUGAUUAGGCAGGUCCUGGAUUUCUUGAUGCUUUGACUGUGUGCCUAGUUUCCUCACCAGAAGGUAAAAGCGUGUUUUCCGGCGUAAGUCUUGCCAACCUGCACUCGCCCAAUGUCACGGUAGUAAAAUAAACCAGGUGAGCAACCUCUUCUGUACGACUGACCUAAGGUGGGAGAAACAAUCCUCACCCUAAGUGAGGGGUGGCUCGCAUAAGAUCCUUGCCCCUGUGUCACCCCUCGUACAACCUCGCUGCCCAAACUUUUAGGUGCUCACCUGCCUGGAGACACCAAAUGUGUGAAAAUGCGGAUUUAAUCUCGGAUCUAUGCAACCUCGUUCUGCCGAGAAAGUUACGUUGUCUCAUAAAGAAGUCUUAGCGCCCUUGUGUGAGUAAUCGAAGUCCAGUUAAAGGGUGAUUUUCAGUUGGAGAGUGGAGCGUGCUUUGACCAAAAGAUUUGCACCCGAGGCUCCAACCAUCUGGCAUUGUUGUGGCAGGUUAAUUUCCCUCCUCUUUGCUGUGGUCAUUGUGUCCUGGGUGAGGCGGCACUUGUCGGCUGCAGCUGCAACGGAAACCAGUUCACACCAUUAGACUAGCCAGCUGCUGGGAUGGGAAGAGACCACAGAAAACGUGGCCUCCAACCCUGUGGUCUCACAGAGGACCACACUAGGCGAUGCAUAGCACAUGCUCCGUGAGCUGCUGAGGCUGCCAGAAAAAUCACCACUGGUAUCAUUUAGGAAGGACUGGGAGGAUGGGGGGCCCGAAUGGGCACGCUGCCACUUGACCCCCUGUCUGGUGCUCUGUGCGCACUGCACAUACGCCCGUCGGUUUGGCUCAAGCUCCUUGCACCAGGGCACCCGCGAAGCAGACUUCUUGGAUGCCAGAAGGUCCAGAGUUUUCUCACCAGUUUUGUAGUUUACGGCUGCAAAAAAAAAUCAAAACGCCAAAAAGCCCAAAAAACCCCACAUACUUUUUCCAAAGACUUAUGCUGUGCCGACACCUAACCUCCAAUGGCUUUACUUCUUGGGAGGUGAUCUUUUGUACUUUACGCAUAAUUCCUUGUUGCCAAAGAAUAUAUGAAGAAACGGUAACUUGUGUACUUGGGUCUCUCUGGGAGAGACUUAAAACUGGAAAGAGAAAACUGUGAUUUUUUUUUUUCAUAUUCUCAGUUUUUUUAAAUGCUAAUCUUCGCUAAUGAAAGCUCUUUUGAGAAUAAAUCACAUACAGUGGCCACAGCAAAACGUAACUGCCUUUACGAGAAUAGUGCCUGUAUUGAUUUAAUCAUCAGAGGUACUCAUUGCUGCCUUUUUAAAACAACAGCGUAUUUAUUGAAAACAUGAGACGGGAGGGAUGUAGUGCCUUAACUGAUACAUUUUGUGAUUUUAAAAAAUAUAUUUAAAAUUGCUUUUCUGCUCUUAGUACCACCAUAGUGCAAAUGACUGUUUCCAUGGACAAGCAAUGCUUGUUUUUGUUUUAAUAAAUUUCUCAGAAUGGAA